GUGAAGGGCGGAGGACGUGAAUAGGAAUAGGCGGAGUGAGGGAGAACUCAGACUGAAGGCUUUGAAAUCACACAGAGACGUCAGACGCAGUCUAUAAAACACCUAAUAUAAAACACGACUCUUUUAACCUUCAGAUUAAUGAUAGUCAGAUUAAUUAAACUACUUUGUAUAAACUGUUCUAGUACAACGGAUUAUAGCAUAAUAAACAUGGGUGAAACUCAAUGAACGACUUAUAAUGGACAUCUUAUACCAGGAGUGCAUUUGACACGAGCUGAAGAAGAAGAAGUGAUUCGAUUGUGGACAAAAAGUCGAUUGUUUAUUUAUUCCCUACAGGCAUCCAUAGCAACCCAGUGAAACCUCUAAUUCUAAGGAACAGCCAUGCGGUUACUGUUCAGAAGAGAUAUUUGAAUACAGUACUCUAGUUGCUGUGGGACAGUCUAAUAAUGAUGGAUCAUGACACACAGUGGCUGUACCAGCUCCUUGCUGAAGUGCAGCUAGAGAGAUUCUACCUAAGGAUGCGAGAUGGACUCAAUGUGACGCGAAUUGAACACCUGAACUACGUUAAAGAAGCAGACCUUGAACAGAUUGGCAUUAGUAAACCAGGACAGCGACGAUUAUGGGAAGCCGUCAAACGUUACAAAACCAACAUGCGACAACGGCCGUGGAUGACGAAGGCCUUCAAUGGUCGCACCCCUGAGGGAAGUGAGCCGUAUAAUGGUGCUGGGCCAGGCCAGGGGCCAGAUCCAGGGCGCGCGCUCACCUGUCUUAUCCAGGACAGUGAACUGAUCUUUGGCGACAGGCUAGGCUCAGGUUCAUUUGGGGUAGUUAGGAAAGCAGAAUGGCACACACCAACUGGACGAGUGUUGCCUGUAGCAGUGAAAACCUUGAGGAGUGGCUCAAACAGACCGGAUGACAUGGUGACUGAUUUCCUCAUGGAAGUUACGACCAUGCAGUCUCUGGACCACCCCAACAUUAUACACCUCUAUGGUGUUGUCCUUACUCGUCCUCUUAAAAUGGUAGCUGAGCUGGCUCCUUUCGGUUCUUUAUACGACACUCUGCGUCUACGACAUGGAGAAUAUCCUCUUUCACGACUCUGGCUCUUCAGCACACAGAUUGCUGCAGGUAUGGAGUACCUAGAGUCCAGACGCUUCAUCCACAGAGACCUUGCUGCCCGGAAUGUGUUCUUGGCUUCUAGAGAGCAAGUGAAGAUCGGAGACUUCGGACUAAUGAGAGGCUUGGAUCAGGACAAAGACCACUAUAUCAUGACGGCACACAGACGCAUCCCAUUCGCAUGGUGUGCUCCUGAGAGUUUGCGUGUGGGUUCUUUCUCUCAUGCUUCAGAUGUCUGGAUGUUUGGUGUCACAUUGUGGGAAAUGUUUACUUACUGUGAGGAGCCCUGGUUGGGACUGUCUGGCAGACAGAUUUUGUAUCGUGUAGAACGGGAAGGUGAGCGAUUGGAGAGACCUUCAGACUGUCCGCAGGAGUUGUACUCUGUAAUGCGUAAAUGUUGGGCCUGCAAUCCUGCUGACCGACCGACCUUCUCUCAGCUCACCACUAUUGUAGCAGAUGCACAGCCUAUGGAGGUUCGUGCAGUGAAAGAUCUCAUAGAUCCCAGAAAACUCUGUCUACAGGCGAAUGAUCUAGUGACUGUAAUAGACCAUGGGCUGGAAUUGUGUGAGUGGAAGGGGCAAAACCAGAGAACUCUAAGUGUUGGCUGGUUCCCCCCUGUGUUAGCUGCCCCUGCUGUCACAGCAGCAGUUCCUGUGUCUGGUCCGACACGCAGCUGGGGCACCCCAGAACGAAUAGAUGAACCCAGACGUUGGAGGAUUCCAUUAGCAAGAGAGAAGGAAGGCUCAAACCUGAAGAAAAUGUCAGGCAUAUCGAGAAGCCUGGAGUCCAUCCUUGGUGCUUCACAGGACAAAGGUCGAGGUGCUGGUGGGAAUGGAGCUCAGAGACCCGACCCACGCAGACUCAUGCAGAGUAAUAUGAUGCAAGACCCCCGCAGGUUUAGUGAUGCUGUUGUCACCCCACCUCCACGCCCACCACCCCCCAACAUCAAAUGCAUCAGCCCACCAACCACCAGCUUCAAACCCCAGAUGAUGAUCCAUGAUCGGAGAACAGUAAACCCAGCAGGCUGGACCCCUCACACUCAUCCACAGCUACAGUUCCAUUUCCAACCACAGCAGCAGUGUUUCGGGGCUAACAACCUUGCCAGGAUGGCACAUCUGGCCAAGUCAAGCCCUCAGUUAGAUGAUGGCAUUGAGAAAGAGAAGGAGAGAGAGAAGGAACAAGAGAAAGAAAGAGAGCGGGAAAAGGGAAGGGAGAGGUAUCCACCGCAAGUUGACAAGGAAGCAGUCAUAGCACAAGUUCAGGAGGCGGUACAUGGAGUGACCAUUGAGGAGGUUCAGAGAGCUCUGCAUCGCAAUGACUGGAAUCCUGCACGGGCAGAACAGCAGCUUAAGACAGAACAGCUGUAUUACAUGAAUCAGUGCUCUCGUGAGGAAUGUCAAAAAAUUCUCGCCCGCUACAACUGGGACCUGCAAGUGGCAAGCCGUUACAUCUGCCGACUGGCUAAAGACAGAGAAAGAACUUCAAUGGAUAGACGAGGAGAAAGAGUUUAACGCAAUACAAUGUUAACAGUAAAGAUUGUUCAUAAUUGAGUAUUUAAAGUUUUUUUUGUGUGUGUGUGUGUGAUAUCACCGAGUUGUCAAGAGGUCACACGAAAACCCUGUUUCCAUUAACCUCCAAUGUGAAACUAUCUUUAGUGUAUUAUGUGACUCUGUAUUAUAUGUGCUUGACUGAUAAAUUGGUGAUAUCAGUUGUUAUUUUACAUCUGUUUAGAAAGACAGCAUAAUCGUUCGUAUUAAAUGCAGAAUGUUUUUUAACAGAUGCCAUUCCAGUUGCCAUUGUGACUGCUUAUUGUUAAUUUACAAUUUUUUUGUAUUCGAAUAGGUUUGUUAAAUUUUAAUGUGUGAUAAAUUCAGUGAAACUGUGUAAAUGUAUAUGAUGAUUUAUGAAAUGUUAGAAAUAUUUUUAUCUGUUUAAUAAAGUAAAACUUGCAUUUUUUAAAAAAAGUUUUAGCUGAUUUUUAUACAAUUAUUAGAAAUUAAAACACAAGGUUAUGAAAAAUAAAAUUCUGUGUAUUUUCCAUAAAGAGAUGACUUAGUUUCCACUAGUGUUUUUAAUGAACAUUUUCCACAUAAAUACCAACAUUAAAGCUGCAGUCCGU